AUGAGUGACGUUGAGCAAGAACAAAUCCCAGUUGAAGAACAACUCGAGGAACAAGAAGAGAUCAUCUCGGAACCCGUUGAGUUGCAAAUCGUCGAGUUGGCUACUCCUAUCCCAGAGGAGAUCCAGGCCGGCUCCGCCGAGAUCAAGCUCUUCAACAAGUGGACCUUCCAGGGUGUUUCCAUCAAGGACAUCUCCCUGAUCGACUACAUUCAAAUCAGACAGCCAGUCUUUGUCUCUCACACCGCCGGUAGAUACGCCGCCAAGAGAUUCAGAAAGGCUCAAUGUCCUAUUGUCGAGAGACUCACCAACUCCUUGAUGAUGAACGGUAGAAACAACGGUAAGAAGUUGAAGGCUGUCAGAAUCGUCAAGCAUGCUUUGGAGAUCAUCAACGUGUUGACUGACCAGAACCCAUUGCAAAUUUUGGUUGACGCCGUCAUCAACACCGGUCCAAGAGAAGACUCCACCAGAAUCGGUUCUGCCGGUACCGUCAGAAGACAGGCUGUUGAUGUGUCUCCAUUGAGAAGAGUUAACCAGGCCGUUGCCCUGUUGACUGUUGGUGCUAGAGAGGCUGCUUUCAGAAACGUCAAGACCAUUGCUGAGUGUUUGGCCGAAGAGUUGAUCAACGCUGCUAAGGGUUCUUCCACUUCUUAUGCUAUCAAGAAGAAGGAUGAGUUGGAGCGUGUUGCCAAGUCUAACCGUUAA